UGAGACUCUCUCUCUCUCACUCCCUCUCGUUAGGGCUUCUCUCAUAUGCGCCUUUCGUAUUCUCUCGAAAGCGAGAAUUUUUUCUAAAUCCCAUUUGAUUUUGAUUGCAAAGUCGUAAUCUUCAUCGACAGCAAUCUUCUGGGUAUCACCAGAAUGAGGUAUCUUCUUCUGAGGAGGAACAAGUUCGUAACUUUGAUCAAAAGAGAGUGUUUCAUCUUUCCGAUUAUAUCAUCAUCCCCUGAAACUAAAACCCUGAUAAACCCAGAUCCUAAUACCCCUCAAUUUCAAAACCCUUGUUCGAUUUCAAGGAUUGCUCACUAUGCAACUCAAUCUUCAAAGUUCCCGGAGUACGAGAUGCCUACAGUCACAUGGGGAGUUAUACAAGGGAAGAAAGAGAAGCUCGUGAAUCGUGUCAAAAUCUGCGAUUAUCUCAAAGGUUUGGGGAUAAUCACCGAUGAAUUGGAGAGUAUUGAGUUACCUUCCACCAUUGAAGUCAUGUGUGAGCGUGUUGAGUUCUUACAGAAGCUAGGGUUGACCAUAGACGAUAUAAAUGAGUAUCCUUUGAUGUUAGGUUGCAGUGUUCGUAAGAAUUUGAUUCCUGUCUUGGCUUACUUAGAGAAAAUUGGAAUCCCGAGAUCGAAAUUAGGAGAAUUUGUUAAGAACUAUCCUCAGGUUCUUCAUGCAAGUGUGGUUGUUGAGCUUGCUCCUGUGGUUAAGUUUCUUAGAGGUCUUGACGUUGAGAAGCAAGAUUUAGGGUAUGUUCUGAUGAAGUAUCCUGAGCUUUUAGGGUUUAAACUCGAAGGCACUAUGAGCACAUCCGUUGCGUAUUUGGUAAGCAUUGGUGUGAGUCCUAGGGACAUUGGUCCUAUGGUGACUCAGUAUCCUUAUCUUUUGGGAAUGAGAGUUGGAACCAUGAUCAAACCUCUUGUAGAUUAUCUAAUUUCCUUUGGCUUGCCGAAGAAAAUAGUGGCUAGGAUGCUAGAGAAACGUGCAUAUGUAGUCGGAUACAAUCUUGAGGAGACUGUUAAACCAAAUGUAGAUUGUUUGAUUAGUUUUGGCAUCAAGAAAGAAGUACUACCUUUGGUUAUAGCUCAAUAUCCUCAAAUUCUUGGCUUACCGGUGAAAGCUAAGAUGUCUACACAACAGUACUUUUUCAGCUUGAAGCUCAAGAUUGAUCCUGAAGGGUUUGCUCGUGUGGUAGAGAAAAUGCCACAGAUUGUUAGCCUGAAGCAGAAUGUGGUAAUGAAACCCGUUGAGUUUCUCUUGGGCAGGGCGUUUCCAGUUGAGGACAUUGCGAAAAUGGUUGUGAGAUGUCCUCAGAUCCUCUGUUCCCGAGUCGAACUCAUGAAGAAUAGCUACUACUUUUACAAGACUGAGAUGGGGAGACCGAUGAAAGAACUCGUGGAGUACCCUGAGUAUUUUACUUAUAGCUUGGAGUCAAGAAUCAAACCGAGGUACCAGAAGCUACAGAGCAAAGGAAUUAGGAGUUCAUUGAACUGGUUCCUUAAUUGCAGUGACCAAAGAUUUGAGGAACGGUUGCAAGGUAACUAUAUUGAUCCAGAUACUGAAGGUCCAACAUUUGACAUGGGUGGGAAGUUAGAUAUGCCUGGUGGCGAGAUUGUGUCUGAUGAGGAAGAAGAUGAGAGUGAUGGAUGAUGAAGUUCUCUACAAACGCACUGUUACAUUGUAGAAUAAUCUGAAGUUUUUUAACUUUAUCGAACUUCUGCAUUUAGCUACACUUGUUUGAAGCAUUGUGUUCAUUUUGUUCUCUGUUCACUUGAUUUUGUCGCACAAUUUUAGAUGUUGAACGUUUCUCUUA